ACUUUGCAACUUGGCCGACGGCAGCGUUUGGAGCCUGCAGCUGCAAUAUGUCUUCUCCCGAACAUCGAGCAGGCAAGCGACCGCGUAAGUUGCUAUGCUUUCUGCCUGGCGGGCGUUGGCCAUUUCCUGUUCUUUCCUGUUGGGAGCCGACUCCAGCCUGAUCUGGCCUCCAGCGAGUCAAACAACAAGUUGUGUGGGCCUUGGAGUGGAUGGAAGCAUUGAACCUCUGAAUUUUGACACUCUUAAUACCCCACCAUCCCCUGGUGUUUUCAGGCUUGGGCCGGCAUCCGUCCUUCCUGCGUAUAUGCUCCGCGACUCUGCCUUCUCGAUUUUAACAUCGCUUUUCAAUGGCAGGAACCCAGUCGCUCCCACCACCGGCCUUGCCGCAGCUGGUCGCAGAGCAACAUGUUGCCAUCGUCCCGACCGACAAAGAUACCAAACGGCUGGUUGUGGUGCUCUCCAAUGCCAGCCUCGAGACCUACAAGGCGUCUCACGGAGGAAGCGGGCGUCCGGGCGCGGUGAGGGACGACAAAUACUCGUUGCUUAACUCGGACGAGCACAUCGGUGUCAUGCGGAAGAUGAACCGAGACAUCAGCGAUGCCCGACCAGACAUCACCCACCAGUGCCUGCUCACUCUCCUGGAUUCGCCCGUAAACAAGGCGGGGAAGCUCCAGAUCUACAUCCAGACUGCCAAGGGCGUCCUAAUCGAGGUAUCGCCGUCGGUUCGCAUCCCCCGCACUUUCAAGCGAUUCGCCGGCCUGAUGGUACAACUCCUCCACCGCCUCUCCAUCAAGUCGGUCAACUCGCAGGAGAAAUUGCUCAAGGUCAUCGCCAACCCGAUCACGGAUCACCUGCCACCCAACUGCCGAAAGAUCACCCUGAGCUUCGACGCCCCCCUCGUGCAUGUCCGCGAAUAUAUCGACACCCUCGGCGCCUCAGAGUCUAUCUGUGUUUUCGUUGGCGCCAUGGCCAAGGGUUCGGACAAUUUUGCUGACAACUACGUGGACGAAAAGGUCUCGAUAAGCAACUACAGCUUAUCGGCUAGCGUCGCGUGUAGCAAGUUCUGCCAUGCUGCAGAGGAUGCGUGGGGAAUCCUUUAGCGCCUCGAAGCACUCUGGAUGAUGGAUAAUCGAGAGCUUGCGCGUUGGAGAGAGGUCUUCGGGGUGAGAGUUGCUCAACGGCUCUCUAGGGCUUUCGAUGUGAAAGUCGGGGCUUCAUUGGUCGUAUCCGCGAUACAACAUCGCGGAUGGUGGCUGAUGGCCUCGAGAGCUUGGGUCGUCUGUGCUUGCGCUGUCGUUGUUUUUACAACCAAAACAUGGGGCGUUCAACAACGGAUCCAAGACGCUUUCGUCGUCUUCGGGAACCACUUCAACCUGGUUCCUUUUCCCUUUGUUCCCGUUUAU